UUAAAUGAAAUAAAUAUACAGAUACUACAUGGAAGUUUACAAAUACAUUGUGGAGCUUCACUUCCACGCGGCAAAGGAGCUCGGAAGCGCACAGGAGACAGGAGAGAAUUAAAUUAAGGAGGAGACACGAGAGAAUUAAGAUAAGGAGGAGACACAAGAGAAUAUGUCCUCUCACCCUGAAGCAGCUCGACUCCAAGUCAUUCAGAGCCACUUGUCUCAGCAGGCUAAUGUUGUAUCACCAACUACUGUAGGAACUUCAAUGGCAGGCAAUCCACUUACCAGUCAUGUGUUGGACACAGCAACAGGCCGGCCAGCAGCUAACAUGAAAUUGUCACUACACAGGCUUCAAAAUGCAGUUUGGGAAGAAAUAGCCACUAAGGCAACAAACAGUGAUGGUCGUGCAGGGCAAUUCCUCUCCCAAGAAGCCUUUACUCCUGGGACCUACAAGAUGUUCUUUGACACUGGCGAUUAUUUCAGGCAGCAAGGAACCACAGGAUUCUACCCUUAUGUGGAGAUUGUAUUUGUUAUUGCAAAGCCGGAAGAACAUUACCAUAUUCCUCUUCUCUUAAGCCCGUAUGGAUACUCUACCUACAGAGGCAGCUAAAUACUAUUUUUUCCUGAUUCACACCCAAUAGGACACCUAAAGAUUACUGCAGAGAUUGCCUGAGUCAUGCUGGAUGGUUGAAUAUUGUGGUUCUAAAACAGUAUCAGUUAUUUUGUCUUAUGUUAAUCUAUUUUGAGCAUUUGUUUACUGAUAUAUCUAAUAAAAUUCAUUGUCUUUAAUCAAAAUACAUUUAGGGCAAUUUCUACUUUUUAAGGCAAAAUACUAGCUCAAGGAAAGAAGAUUUUUUUAAUAUGAUAUUUUAAUACAUUAUUGUUUUUUCUCUAAAGAAAGGUAAAUACAUGUUGAAACUAUCUAGGGAAUAUUACUUUCAUUAGCAGAAUAUGGAAGAGAUCAGUCAAGUGGAAGAAAUGAGAAUGUUUUGAAGUGGUGGAGAAUAAAAUAGUCCUUUAAUUUCCUUCCUAUUAUAAAUGGCACUAAAGACAGCUGUAGUCCAGAAUAAGUUCAUGUUGAAUGCUGUAGAAUGGAUGUAUGCAAAGGGCUAAUGUAUGUCUUGGCAGAUGAUAGAUGUAGUCCAAAAUAAUUUCAUGUUGAUAUGACUUAAACUACCAGUAGAACAGGUAGUUUAAGUCCUAAUUUAUGAUAUGUCUUGGCUGAUGAUAUUUUGUAAAAGUUGAUAUGUGUAAAAGUUGAUUUUUAUUCUAUGACCUUGCUGAUGCAAAACUUAUGGCAUAUAAGAUAUUCAUAUAUAAGAUUAUUAUUGUUUUGCCUGUCAUGAGUUGGUGCUUGAAAAAAAGUGCUGGCAUGCCUUGGUUUGUUUUUCAAGUAAAACAACUUUAAUUUAUAAGAAAAAGAAAAGUAAGAUCUAUUUUAAGUUCGUGCGAUUAAUCAGUGAUAUCACUAUUCCAGUCCAUUGUGAGCUCGCAAGGAUAACAUAUGCUUCUGCCCAUAAGAUAUUUAUAUUUGUAAAAAGUAAUUAUUCAAAGUAUAUAUGGAAAUAGAAUUCUUACAUUUCAAAUCCAAGUUUCAAGUUCUUUAUUUCCUAUGUUAUAGUUUUCUCAAGUUACAAUAAUUCUGAUGAACACAUUUUCUGCAGACUAUUUUAUUCAUGCUAAUCAAGGAAGAUGAAUUCAGUAAAAUCUGAGGUAGAAAGGGAUGAAGUAACAGAGGUCAUUAUUGAUUAUGACUUUUUAAAUUAUAUAUUACUGUAACUGUCACAUUAGAUGUUCAAAAGGAUGUGGAGUACCUCAUUAGGCAUACCGUUUUGUAAUUUUGUCUCAAAUUAAUUUGUCUUGUUUAAUGUAAUGAUGGUGAAAGAAUAAUUGUGAUUGCUUUCAUACACACUCAUUUGCCAAAUCUGAUGUAUUCUUGAUCAAAGACAACAUAAGUUUAAAUUAUUCAAGCUCUUGUUCAUCAGUAAAAUCUUCAUUGCAUUUUCUCUCAUUCAUUAUCAUUAUCUGUGGUGUUCUACUAUGCCAGAAUGAUUCUGUGAUACUUUGCAAACUGUGCAGUUGUUAUUAAUGAUAACUUCCAUUAUAUUACCAUUAGAUAGGAAAAAUAAAUCAAAAGUCAGAUGUUGUAAAUCAUAAAUAUGUUGAACCAAUUUUUUGUGUUUGGUUCAUACAUCAGCUGACCUAUUUUAUGACUGUAAUCUUAUACUUAAAAAUCAUUUUAUAUUAGUGACGGGAUACUUAGAAUAUAAACUAAUACACUAAUUCACAAAUAAAUUUAUAAUGAUUCAAAA